AUGACAGACUGGUUCGCGGACUCCACCCUGGGCGCUAGGACGCCGUUGUGCCGCCCCAAACAUCGGUUCAAUCCCUUACCGGACGUCUUUCUACGAGGUGAAACCGCCACCGAGACAUCCGACGAACCCCAGGAAACGACGAUUGCCCACGCAGAAGCUCGCGCCCGCAUCCGUCAGCGGAGGAAUGGCUCGCGUCUGCUCAGAGGUACGGAUCGACAAUUUGCCGAGGCACUCCACAGAGAGGCGGACAACCUUCACUACAAAGGCGACUACGAGACUGCUCUGGUUCUCUAUCACCGUGCGGCAAGCGUCUGCCCCAGAGACAGCAGCCACGGAGUAGCAGCACGACGUACAGCCGCGGCUAUAAACGCGCUAACCCACCCGAGCAAAGCCUUGAAUAUGCUUCUACCCAAGACCAAAAACGGAGCUCAACAGGCCGCGGUGAUUUGUCCCGAGUCUGCGGCCCUGAGGGCUUCACGCAUCCUCGCCGAAUCCUCGGACCCAGUUUCCGUCGUCCCUCAGAUCCUUGGCUUCUUCGAUAAGCGCACUGACUUCUGGCGAACUCCCAAGCCUCAAACGCCACCACAGCCACGCAGAAACGUGACCACCGUAGAGCGGAGAGCAGUGACAGUGACGGAAGGUAUCAGGAGAAUGGAGAUGGCUUUGAACAACGGUGAUCUGGUCACGGUACUCCGGAUCGGUGACGAGGUCCGAAUCAACCUGGACCACGACUUCUAUACCGAUUCGACAACGCUGCUCCGCUGCCAAGCAACGACCAAUCGCCUCAUCACCCUAGCUUACCUCGCUCUCAAACGACACGACCGUGCCACGGCUGCAGCGGCGAAGAUGACGCGAGCUGCGUCAGCUAUCGAUGUUCCUCUUCUGAUGACGCAGGCUCUGGUCACCCUGGGCAAGGUGCAUCUGACCUUUGGCCACCUCAACGCAGCCGCACGUGCCUGGGAGAGGCUGAUACCCUGUGUUUAUGAGCCAAUACCUAGAGCCUGGCUGCUCCACGAGAUCGGCAGGAGUCACCUUGAAAGUGGAAAUCACAGGAAAGCCGUCGAGCUGGCCACCAGAUGCUUGGACACUGCCGAAGCCGCCGGUUCCGAAAAGUGGACGUUUCACGGGCGGCUUCUUCUCGGCCAGAGUUUGACUCAACUGGGAAGAAUUGCCGAGGCUGCAACCGUGCUGAGGAGCCUGGAAUUCGCUGGGGAAGAAGCUGGCGAUGCUCACACUCUCGCGUACGUUCGCGAACUGAUCAAACGUCUCGCCCUGGCUUCAGACCGGCAGACUCGAUCAGCUAAUUGUCUUCAAAUCAGCUCAAAGUUGCAUGACCUUAAGGAAAUGGACACCGCAGAAUCAUCUUCAGUUAGUUCCGAAAGCGUUUCCGAUGCUGGCUCAGAGUCUGACCACGAGCUGAUCCCUGUGGACCUUGAACCAUGUUGUAAUGGGUCGUCAUCGUCGUUCGCGAUGACGUCAAAGUUCGAAUCAGCCUCGGCAGCUGGCGACCCGGGUGACCCUGGUAACCAGGAGGGUGGACCUGGCGUCAAUCAAGACACCAUCAGCACCGGACGUACCUACAAUUUGUCCUCACCCGUCGUUCAACGUUCCUUAUCAACCGCGACGACCCCGAAAUGCCGGGAUGUAAGCGAUGCUGAGACGGUUUCCACCCGCGGGGAAUUUGCGAGGAUCUUCGGUCCUCAGUAA